GUUCAGCGUCAUAGUACCAAACUAACCGCAGGUGCACCUGCCGACCCUCAACAUACUCCUCCUGCAACCUCCAUCGACGAAGCCACGUGUACUGGCGCUUCGCCUUCAACUCUGCUCUCCCGCUUCUCACACACGCACUUGGGAAACGCACAGCGUUCAUCAUCAUGGCUCAGGAUCCACGUGCGCUGCUGCAAAAGGCCGAGAAGGCGCUUCAAGGCGCUGGGGGUGGCUUCAGCUUCUUCGGCGGGCGCGAAGAAAAAUUUCAGAAUGCCGCCGAGCUGUUUGUUCAGGCCGCCAACGCCUUCAAGAUGCAGAAGCAGAAUGUCGAGGCCGGCAAAGCCUUUGAACAGGCCGCGCAAAUACAGACCAACAAGCUCAACGAGCCCGACGACGCCGCCAACACCCUCGUCGACGCAUUCAAGGCGUACCGCAAGGAGGACCCCCAAGCUGCGGCGCGGUGCCUCAAUGUCGCCAUCGACCGAUACUGCUCAAAGGGCAACUUCCGCAGGGCGGCCACGCACAAGGAGAGCCUGGGCGAGCUAUACGACCAAGAUCUGGGCGACACCAAGAGCGCGCUUGAGGCCUACGAGGCGGCAGCAGGGUGGUACGAGGGCGAUAACGCCAACGCCCUUGCCAACAAGCUGUGGCUCAAGGUGGCCGACGUCGCCGCGCUCGAUGGCGACUACAACAAGGCCAUUGACAACUACGAAAAGGUGGCCGAGCAGUCCAUCAACAACAACCUCAUGAAGUACAGCGUCAAGGAGUACCUGCUCAAGGCGGGCAUUUGCCAUCUUGCCAGCGGAGACCUGGUGGCGGCGCAGCGCGCAAUCGAGCGCUACCGCGAGCUCGACCCGGCUUUCGCGACGCAGCGCGAGCACAUGCUUCUCGUGGACCUGUGCGAGGCGGUCGAAGCAAAGAGCCAAGAACAGUUUUCGGAUAAGCUGUUCCAGUACGACCAAGUCAGCAAGCUGGACAAGUGGAAGACGACGAUUCUCGUGCGGGUCAAGAAUUCCAUUGAAGAGGCUGACGACGAGUUUGCGUAAGCUGGGGAGAGGCGCAGGCAGGGUGCGGCUGCCAAGACAACAUUGAUACCGGGCGUUGGACGUAUGAUUCAAGGCUAUUGCUUCAGGGAUGUGACUACACUGGAUGAGUUGGGACGAAUGGGCGGAUCAUGUAGAGCAAAUGGGCGGUUCCCACGCAUCACAUAACAAAUGCCGAUCAGUGCUUGGCUGUAUUUUACUGAUGGUGACGAUGGAUGCGCGGGCAGGGGCAAAUUUCAUGAACUGAGUCGAGCUCGAGGCAGUGAUUCUAUGUCCCGGGAGGAAGCGAAAGACAAGACUUGAGCAGCAGUGGGCAGCAAGGUAUUAUGGCUAGUCGUCGUGCUGGCGCAUCGAGUUGAAUUCGU